AUGCAGUGUGAUAAGUGUAAAAAGUCAUUCUUCAAUGUUAAUAAUUUGAAGCGUCACAAACUCAAAAAUUGUGCAUACAGUGAAAUUUCGUGUCCGAUUCCGAAAAAAAGACUGAAACCAAUUGGUGCUGAAGUACUACAUAAUGGUGUUACUAAACUAUCCCAUGCAUUUAAAAACCGCAUUGCUUCAUACAGAUUUUCUAGUACCAAUUCAAACAAGCUCAAUUAUAUUGAUUUUUUAAAUCAUAUCAAACCAAAUGUUAUAAAUAAAAUCAGUGAAUACCAGCAACUUCAUACUUGCUUAAAAGUAAAUAUGGAAGUGUUUGGAAUCUAUGUUAAACCCGACAAGGAAAUGAGCGAUAUUAAAUCUAUGAAUACGGCAAACAAAAUCAUUACCGCAACAUCAAAUCUCGAUGAAAUGUAUGACGAAUUCAAGGAGGAAAUUUUUUGUCAAGCAAACGACUUCCAAGAACGAGACUCGAACUGGAGCUUACAAGAAAUAAUGUUUUUAGAUGUUAAUAUAAACCGUUUCAAUAGUAUUUCUGCUUCAUCAUACAUCAAGUUGCCUAUACCGAUAAUAAAAAGAAAUGCUAUUUUAAACAUUGAAAACAAAGAUAAUGCUUGUUUUGCAUGGUCAAUAAAUGCUGCAAUUUUUGGAGCUGUGGGAGAUCCUAAGAAUCCAUCUUCAUAUCCUCAUUACAAUACCUUAUUAAACUUUAGCGGAAUUGAUUUUCCAAUGAAAUUAAAAGACAUUACAAGAUUCGAAGCUAUGAAUAACAUAUCAGUAAACGUGUUUGGACUCGAGUUAUAUUUCCGAGAGGGGAAAAACAAUUAUGAAAUUGUUGGACCAUUACAUUUUACUUCCAAGCGUCAAUCUACUCAUGUAAAUCUACUACUUAUAUCAGAUAAUAAUAAUAAUAACCAUUAUUGUCUUAUUACAGACUUGUCAAAACUUGUUAGAAGUCAGAAAACAAAACAUAAAGAAAAAAUACAUAUAUGUGAUGGUUGCUUACAGUCUUUUGUAAAUAUAGAAAAGCUAAAAGCUCACGAAGAAUUUGACUGUACACAUAUAUAUACCGAACUUCCAACUAAUGAAAUAAAAAAAAAUAAAUGUGGUGAAUUCGUUCCUGAAAAUAUUUUAAAAUUCGUAAACUUUGAAAAACAACUACAAGUUCCGUUUGUAAUUUAUGCAGACUUUGAAUCGUUGUUGAAACCAAUAGACAAUUGCGAACCUCUCAAUAGUAAAUCUUUUAGUGUUAAAGUAUGUGAACAUGAGCCAUAUUCUUUCGCCUUCUACAUCAAAUGUAAUUAUGAUGAUAGUUUAUCCAAACUUGAGAUGUACAAAGGGCCGGAUGCCGCCAAAGUGUUUAUGCAAAAACUUGAUAAGGUGGUUCAUGACCUAUACAAUAACCAUUUAAAGCAUGUAAAGCCUAUGCAACCACUUACCCCUGAAGAACAGGAAGCAUAUGAUAAUGCCAAAAUCUGUCACAUAUGUGAAAGACCUUUUAACGCUUUUAAUAAAAAAGUUCGGGAUCACUGCCACUUGAGCUCAAAGUAUCGUUCCCCAGUCCAUAAUUCAUGCAAUUUGAAUUAUAAACUACCAUCAUUUAUACCAGUGUUUUUUCAUAAUCUUACCAACUAUGACAGUCAUUUGUUUAUCAAGGAGUUGACAACUAAAAAGGAAUCUGUCUCAGUAUUAGCUCAAACAAAGGAGAAAUACAUAUCUUUUUCCAAAUCUAUCAUGGUUGAAAAAUCUACCAAUCCUAAGGUACGGGAUUCAUUUAUAAAACUUCGAUUUGUAGACUCUUUUAGAUUUUUGACGCGAUCUCUUGAUAAACUCAGUGAAACUUUGGAUUCCAACCAAUGCAAUGAAGUUAGAAAAUAUUACCCGGACGAAAAAGAGUUUAAUUUAAUGCGACGCAAAGGUGUUUUUCCUUAUUGUUAUGUGGAUAGCUUUGAAAAACUGGAUGAAAAAGGAUUACCUUCGAAAGAGAAUUUUUUUGAUAAUUUAAAGGGUGAGUCGGUUUCUGAUGAAGACUAUGAUAAAGCUAAAGAAGUAUGGGAUACUUUUAAAUGUAAAACUCUAAACGAUUAUGCAAUGUUAUACUUAAAAACUGAUGUGCUUUUGUUAGCUGAUGUGUUUGAAAAUUUUAGAAAAAUUUGUUUAAAACAAUAUAAACUCGAUCCUGCUCACUACUUGACAGCACCUUCGCUAAGUUGGGAUGCCAUGCUGAAGUAUACGAAAAUCGAGUUGGAAUUAUUGACAGAUAUUGACAUGCUACUCUUUUUCAAAAAAGGAAUCCGAGGAGGAGUAGCCCAAUGUAGUAAGAGACAAGCGGUAGCCAAUAACAAAUUUUUACCAAAUUUUAAUCCCUUAAAACCAGAAAGUUAUAUCAUGUAUUUAGACGCGACAAAUUUAUACGGGGCUGCAAUGAGUGAACCACUUCCUUUUGGUGAUUUUAAAUGGAUACCUGUAGAUAGCUUUGAUUUUUCUUCAGUAAAAGAUGAUGCUUCUAAAGGGUAUGUAUUAGAAGUAGAUUUAGAAUAUCCAAUCAACCUGCACCACAGCCACAACGAUCUACCAUUUUGUCCUGAAAAUAUAAUACCACCAACCGGUAAAAACCCGAAGUUGAUACCAAACUUACAUAAUAAAGAAAAGUAUAUUAUUCAUUACAGAAACUUGAAGCAAUGUCUUAAAUAUGGCUUAAAAUUAACAAAAAUUCAUAGAAUUAUAGAAUUUUCUCAAGCACCAUGGUUAAAAAAGUAUAUCGAUUUAAACACAAUUCUUCGGAAUGGGGCAAAAAAUGACUUUGAAAGAGAGCUCUUUAAGCUACUUAUCAAUGCGAUCUUCGGAAAGACCAUGGAAAAUGUGGAGAAGCGUAAAACAAUUCAUCUUUCCACCCAUUGGGAAAAUACUAGAGGUUCCAUAGGUGCGAGGACACUAAUAGCAAAACCUGAAUUUAAGACAUGUUCCGUAUUUAAUGAAAAUUUAGUUGCUAUCCAUUUAAGUAAUGUUAAAGUAUAUUAUGAUAAGCCUAUGUAUGUUGGAUUCUCAGUGUUGGAUAUUUCAAAAACCAUAAUAUAUGAAUUUUUUUAUGGUUACAUUAAACAAAAGUAUGGCGACUCUGCAAAGUUGUGUUAUACUGAUACCGAUUCGUUAAUUUUAGAAGUGUUUACGAGUAACUUUUAUGAGGAUAUAAAACAAAAUAUUACACAUUUUGAUACUUCAAAUUUUUCCAAUAAUAAUGAAUAUGCAAUUCCUAUAACAAAAUCUGUUGUUGGCAAAAUGAAAGAUGAAUUCGGUGGUAUACCUAUAUCUGAAUUUUAUGGAAGUUGUGCCAAGGUAUACUGUGUAAAAUUAGGUAAACCGUUUAAGAAGAUGACAGAAAUAAAAAAAGCUAAAGGAAUCUCAACAAAUGUAGUGAAAAACCAAUUACACUUAAAUGAUUAUAUUAACAUAGUGCAAAAUGGUGAAACAGUAUAUAGGAAAAUGUAUGUCUUUGUAUCAUCACUACAUACAAUCUACACCGAACUUAGAAAUAAAGUUGCCCUUUCAGCUAAUGAUGAUAAGAGAUAUAUCAUACCACACGAUGUUAACACUCUGGCGUGGGGUCAUCUACUUACCACUCCCAAAGCAAUGUCUGGAACACUGGAUGGUUAA